AGUUUGGGAAACACUCAACCAGUAAUGAAGUACUCUUCAGAUAAUGAAGCCUUCCGGGGACGUCCGGACUGAGGUAUAUAGUUCCACAGCCUGCUUCUCACCUUGUAUCUAAAACCGUUCCCACCACCCUAGAUACAGCACCUCCUCACAGACAGAAGCAGUGUCCGCCUAACCUUAACCUUGUUGUCUUUCGUUCACAGCUUCCCUGGGUGUGGGUUCCAUGGGCAUGUGAGCAUUCGAUAUAUAAGGGACCUUCGAAGCCCUCUAGUCUAACCCUGCUGCUCCCUUACAACGAAGAAAGUGACACCGAGACCUGUGACGUGACUGUUUUCAGCUAGCCUGGAUACGAUCUCCAAGUGUUUCAUCUCCCAAGUCCAUAUCGCUGCCAUUUCAUUGGUCUCCCUCUUUCAAUUCCGUACUGUUUUUGGACUACAGGGACAUUAAACCACUGUGGAAGGAGAGGUCAGGAUUACAGCUGAGGAGACUGGCACACAGAGUAUUAAGUGACACCCACUCAAUUAAUUAACCCUCAAACUGCCCAGUGAGGUAGUUUACAGACUGGUGACCUACAUCUUUGUCUAUGAGAAUCCGAUCUCCCUGCUCUGCGGUGCCAUCAUCAUCUGGCGUUUUGCUGGCAAUUUUGAGAGAACCGUGGGCACCGUCCGUCACUGCUUCUUCACCUUGAUCUUCACCAUCUUCUCUGCUAUUAUCUUCCUGUCAUUUGAGGCUGUGUCAUCGCUCUCAAAGCUGGGGCAGGUGGAAGAUGCCAGAGGUUUCACCCCAGUGGCUUUUGCCAUGCUGGGAGUCACCACUGUCCGCUCUCGGAUGAGGCGGGCCCUGGUGUUUGGCAUGGUUGUGCCCUCAGUCCUGGUGCCGUGGCUCCUGCUGGGCGCCUCCUGGCUCAUUCCACAGACCUCUUUCCUCAGUAAUGUCUGUGGACUUGGGAUUGGACUGUCAUAUGGCCUCACCUACUGCUAUUCCCUCGACAUCUCAGAGCGGGUUGCACUGAAACUCGAUCAGAAGUUCCCUUUCAGCCUGAUGAAGAGGCUCUCCAUGUUCAAGUACGUCUCGGGGUCUUCGGCAGAAAGAAGAGCUGCCCAGAGCCGGAAGCUGAACCCUGUGCCUGGCUCCUACCCCACACAGAGCUGCCACCCUCACCUGUCCACAAACUACCCUGUGACCCAGAUGCAUGCCGGGGGUCAAAGACUAGCCUCCUGGCCCGCCGGCGCUCCUGGACACGUGCCCAACCUGCCUCCCUACCAGCCUGCCUCCGGCCUGUGUUACGUGCAGGGCCAUUUGGGUCCAAACCCUGGCUCAUCCAAUGCCAGCCCAGCUUCUGGGGGUAGCUCCCUGGGGGCCCAGCACCCCGCCCCUGCCAGCGGCCCUGGCACAGUGUAUUCUGGGGCUCUGGGCACUCCAGGGGCUGCAGGCUCUAAGGAACCCUCGAAGGCCCCCAUGCCCUGAGAUGCUUUCUAGGGAGGUCAUCUCCCUCCUUGGCCUUCUGAAGAAGGUCCCCUCUGAGUUAAGAUUUCCUAACAAAUUAUUUAUUGAACACCUCUAUGUGCCAGGCUCUGUGUUGAGUACUUUGAUCAGUGUCCCUAUUUUAAUCUCAUUUGUGCACGUGGCAGCUUUGAGGAGUGCAGUUUAUUGUUCCCAGUUUACAGAUGCAGAUAGUGAGACGUCGUGUGACUGCAGCGGCACAGCUGGGGUGCUUACUCCAGGUCUUCUCCCAAGGAACACACGAGGGAAGAGCGCAGUGGUUGGCAGUGGCUGCCAGUGGCUAUUUCCAGUUCCACCAUUCCUUCUGUCAUUGUGUGCUGUGCUCUUGGUGAUAGUGACCGUGUGUGUCUCUGCCCUUUGGGAACUCCCAGCUGACGUGUAGUGUAUCUCCCUGCCGCAGUCACCCCACGCAGACUCCUCUGCCCUGGAAGUGGUGAGAUGGGCCCAUGGGAACCGCAGCAGCAUGUUGAGGGACCCAUGGUGCUGGUUAUCUUUGAAUAAAGAAAUGGCCUCCGA